AUGGUUGCAAACUACACAGAGUUCGAGUCUUGGUCGCCCAGCUUGUCCGACAAAGUUAUAAUCGCUGUGAUAUUCAGCUGUAUUAUCCUCACAGGUGUCCUGGGCAAUGUACUCGUCAUCGCUCUCAUCCUCUUCGUGAGAAAAAUGCGCAGUGUUGUAAAUCUGUGCUUAGCCUCGUUAGCCCUGGCGGAUCUCAUCGUUGUCGUGUUUUUACCAAUACUGCCUUUAGCCUGGUUGUUUGACCUGGACUACUCUUUCAUGGGAACGAAUUUCUGUGCGUCUCUCAUUACUGAAGGUGUCUCCCUUAUUAUUGUAGGUGUCUUCGUCUCGUCCAUUGACAGAGGAGCACUCGUGGGUUCAACUUUGAUCUUUCUCCUCAUAGCCGUGGAAAGGUAUACAGUGUUGUGUCGCCCUCUUAAGACCCUGGGGUUGUGGACUACCCCUAGGAUAUGCGGCUUACUCCUCGUUAUUUGGGCGAUAACAGUUGGUGUCUCUCUACCUAUGGGAUACGCCACGCGGUACGAGCAGUGGGAAUACGAGAAUACAACAUGGACGGAUUGCUACACACUAUAUGACGAACCGUGGGUCCAGUGGUACGACAUCGCUUUGAUCAUUGGGACGUAUUUCCUGCCAAUCCUUUUACUGACGCUACUCUAUGGAAAGAUAAUCAUGACACUGAAAACACAAGUACCACAAAGCGACACCAAAUGCCCUGGAUCGCGAGCGGCGAGAAGAUCUCGUCUGCAGGUUAUGGUCAUGCUGGUGUCAGUGCUUUUGAUCUUUGUGGUAUGCCUUCUGCCGUUCAAGAUUUAUAUUCUUCUAUUGUAUUUGAAUCCUGAACUGUUAGACGCCAUGGAUUAUAAGUCACAUUUCGCCAUGAACUGGUUUUUCAGAUUGAUGCUGUAUCUCAACCACAUUGCAAACCCCAUUGUCUACUUCGUGAUGUCGGCGAAUUUCAGGGACGCAUUCCGAGAGUUGUUUUGUAGUUUUUGCGCUAGAGUCAGCUCUGAUGGCGAGAGUUCUGCUACCAGCCAUACUAUCGUCACAAUGAAACACUAA